AUGUCGCGGGCAAGCUCCAAAGGGGUCAGCACGGUGCAGCGCAUUCAGCAGCUGCUGCACCAGAUGGCACAAGAGCAUGAGGCAGAAGUCAGCCGAUUGAAAGCCGACGUGCGACGGCUCUCGUCGGUUUCAGGCACAUCCCAUUGCCCUCCGGCAGCGCAGCCAGACGGGCAGCCCGAGGCCGGCAUGAAGAGUGAUAACGAGGGGAACAAUGUUCUGGAGCAGGAUUCGCUUCGUGAGGCCGCAGCUGACACCGCCGAGCUGCCUCCGCCACCAACGGGAACUCACUGCUUCAGUGACCUCGGCAAGCCGGACGUGUCUCCACGUUUUCCAGAGGCGACCCAGGAAGAUCGCUGGCAGCCGUUCAGUCCAAGUUUAUCCGUGGAUCUGGAUGCUGAUGAAAUCGACGCGUUUGGAAACGAACUGGAUUUUGACGGUCCGGCCGUUUCUCCAGUCCGCACUAUAGUGUAUUCGCUCCGCAACCUUCCUGGGUCGAUGCUGGCAGGUGUGGAGGCGAGCGAUGCCAAAUGCAAGCUGGUGGUCAAGUCUGAGUUUAACGAAGGCUGCACCGAAUUUGUCCCAUUGCAGCGGGAGGAGGCAAGCAUGCCAGGGCAAGUUUGUACGUCCACUGCAUGGUCAGCAGUCUGGGACGAGACCGGAUCAGAUGUGCUCUUGCACGUGUCUGACCCACUGCCGGAGUAUGUGAAGAUUGCCAUCCAGAUCCAGGGACAUGAGACCGCCAUCGCAGAAGGUCUGGUGACUCUCAAUGCUGCAAGGCAGAAAUGGACACUUUUCGGGGGUGGUGAAGUGGAUGCGGAAGCCGUGGUGGAAAAGGCGCUGACACCUGCUGGGAGAAGGCGCGAAAGCACUGUCAAGGACCGGAUAGUCGAGAAGUUGGAGAAUCUCUUCGAUGUCAGGGAUCCAUUGUCCAAAGUUGUCAUGCCCAGCGAUGUUUCGGCGGCUGUGAAGGCAGCCCGAAACAAGAGAACGAGCCAAUUGAUGUCUUCACUGAGCCCGGAAGACCUGGAGGAGGUGUUGGUGGAGCUCAAGCGCAUCCACGCAAAGACAAUUGACAAAGACAGGAAGGCAAAGCUUUCUUCGGCCCAGCCUGUUAUUUCUUGGAGGCAGUUUCUGGACUGCAUCAUGCUGGAUGAUUUGCCAAAGUAUGCAGUUGGUCCCGUGGCCUUAAACCUGUUCAUUGUCCAGCAAUCGCUGCUGGGGGACGAUAUGCCGUCGACCGGCGCUUCCGGUGCGUAUCUCAUGGCAUACGAGAAAUUGCGCAAGCCGGUGUCCCGCUCUGAGCAGUGGGUGGGCGUUGUGACGGCACUUUCCACAGUGGCGAUUAUCCUCAGCUUUUUGUUCUUGGGUCUCUCCCUGGAUAUCGACCCGAACUGGGCAGGAUGGAUUGUAUUGGAAGGUAUUUGCGCCAUGGUUUUUGUGGCAGAAGUUGUGGUCAAGACUUACGUGCUGUCUCCGACAGGCUAUUUCUGUGGCAAGGACUGCGUUUGGAACUCCUUCGAUGUCCUGCUUUCCAUGGUAGCAGUCGGAGAGACGAUUCUGAACAUCGUCUUCGCUACAUCAGGCUCCGAGAUGAAAGCGGCUUUGCUCUUAAGGGGCUUGCGCUUGGCUCGCAUGGCUCGUCUCGCAAAGCUUGUUCGGAUGCCGCUUCUGGAGGAGCUGGCAAACAUCGUGUCAGGCUUUGUUCUGAGCGUCCGUGCCCUUUUUUGGGUCAUCGUGACGCUGAAUUUGGUGAUUUAUGUGCUGUCUUUGGGCCUGCGCACGACUAUCCAAGCGGUUUCCUCGAAUGCCCUGGGCAACUGCCCUUCCGGUGAUGAAGUUGACUUGGGAGAACCAGUCGUCGGUACAGAUGGAUCACUAUGUAAGCUUCACCAUAUGUACGGUGAAGAGUACUGUGCAUCAGUCAUCGGCUGCAUGUUCUCGAUCUUUCGAUGCAUCGUGGGCGAAUGUACCACAAAAGGUGGACGAUCGCUGACAAUGAUUUUCAGCGAUGGCUUCGGGGUCCAGUUUGACAUUUUCUAUGCAGGGAGCAUGGUUAUUGUUCUUAUGGGCCUGUUCAACAUCAUUACCGCGAUUUUUGUCGAAGCGACGUUGAAUGGCCUAAAAGAAAACGAGUCGCACCGCCGGUACGCAAAGGCUUAUGAAUCAAGCUACAUGACGGAGCAACUGGCCAAACUUGUCAUGGUCCUCUCCUCCCAAGUGCAGAAGAUGCGAAACAGGAACAGCUCAUUGCCUGGCUUGCUCGGGGACGGAAUGUUUCCAGGUUCGAGAAUGGCUUUCAGCAGGAGGGAGAACACUGGUGUGGACUCCGACAGUCCAAACGCAAACCUUCAUGCAGAGGAGACCUACCUAAGUGAGGAAGAGUUCAAUCAGCUGAUCAGAAUGCCGGAGGUACGGAUGCUGUUGAACGAGCUGGAUGUGAGUGUGGAGCCUCGUCCGGGAGUCUUUGAGGCUUUCAACACUGAGGAAGAUGGCACCGUCUCGAUUUCGGAACUUGUGUCUGGCCUUAUGCGGCUUCGAGGCGAUCUGCACAAGAUUGACCUGGUGAUUGCACAGAUGGGCCUCGAGAACAUGCAGAAGCAGAUCAUGGAAGUGAAGACUACAAACUUCCAGAUUGCAAAAAAGAUAGGUGCCAAAGGCACAAGAAGUACGACUCUCAGCAGGCUUCACUCCGAAGCCUUGUCGUAG